AUGGGUUUUGUGGCUGGAUGCGAGUGUGUGUGCGUGCCACGUCGCCACUGUCCCAGCCAAGCUGCGGGCCAGCAUCUUGAGCGCCAGCCAGCAGGAGAGCUCCGAGCCAGCCUCCUGCAACGCCGAGCUGGCCCACCUCUGGAAUUCGAGCCCGGUUCACAGCCAUCGCAGCAAGGGCUGCUGCUCACCAGCCGCAAGGACAGCAUAAUGCGGUUCUGGGAUGCGUCUGGUGUGGCGCCCCGACCAUCCCGCAGGCUGAGCACUGUUGGCCUCUUCCAAACGGACAGCAGGCAGGCCAACAGCCUGGCCCAGGCCGCAGAAGACGACUGCACACCCCGCCUUCCUCAGGAGAGGCCGCUUCUAACCCUGCAGCGAAGAUCCCUUUCUCAGAAAGGAUGGCUGGCACUGCAGGCAGGGGGCUGUCCAUGUGACGUCCACGUGCGCUACGCACUAGCCGUGCACGUGACUAGAAGCCGUGGGGGCGGUGGGAGGAGGAGGCGGGGACGUGGCUGGGUACCCAGGUGCUGCGCAUGCGCCACAGGUUGGGCCUUGGUGGUGCUGGAGGCGCAGAGCCGCCCUGGGCCCCACCUAUGUACAGCUCGAGGUCUUUGCGCCGGUGCACGGAGAACGCGCUGUGCUCACCUGGUGGGCGGGGCAGCUCAUCAGCUCUUCACCUGGUGGCCCACGAGCGUUGUAAUAUGCACAGGGUGGCACCGGCUACAUUUGCUAGCGUGGCCCGCCAAGACUGCUGACAUCUGCCUGGCCUACCUCCCUGACCUGAACAAUGUCCUCAUCUUCUCGGUGCCUGGCCUGCGACCCCAGGUGAACUACUCCGGUAGCCGAAAGGAAGACACACCAGCAUCAGCUCCUGUGUCUUCAAGUGCCACAGCCAGGUUUUGCCUGAUUUCCCCACGGGAGCUUGAAUGCUUCUCCCUAAGCAUCCAGAAUGUCACAGAACCGCUGGGCUCUCUGGACUCUAGCUGGCCCCACGAUGCCUCCUGCAGGCUCCCAGAGUUGCCAAAGCUGAGACAGGCUAACAGGACCCCAGGCAUCGUCUUCGCCCCCACAGAGCUGCAAUGGAAGCCUUGA